AUGGUUAACUCCUCCAUCCUCCUUGAGGUGGAAAUCAGCUGUCGAUACAAUCGUUUCCACGUAAUAAAAAUCUCAAGAGAUAUCACCGGCAGCCCUCUGAGCACAAUUUGGAUUCAGCGCGGGGAGCAGCGAUCUGAUUGGUUCGUUCCAAACCAGCUCCAAUUUUAA